CUAAUCCACACCUACCACAGACAUGUCUAGUACUCAACCAAGACUUCGCGUCGCCAUCUGCGGCGCAGGUAUCGGCGGGCUCCUUCUCGCCGUGGUGAUUGGCAAGUUCUCCUCAGACAUCGCACUCGACAUCUACGAGGCCCACGAUGCCGUUGCCACCGCCGGCGCGGGCAUCUCCUUCCGCCAACGCACGCUUAACAUCGCCAAGCAGUUGGGCAUCUACGACGAAAUUGCUGCCGUCGUUACUUUUCCGUUGGACUCGGAGAGGACAGCUCCGGGUUUUGUCAGCCGUAUCUCGGACAUAAAGGAGGGUGGGUUUGAGUGGUUCUCCGAGAGUUCGAGUCAUCAAGGAAUCGGACGAGCUAGUAUGCAUCGCAUGGAUUUUGUCCGUGUAAUCCAGGCUCAUCUUCCCGAGUAUUGCGAGAUUCACCUCUCAAAGCGCCUGAGGACUUACAAUGAGUCUGACAAUGGAGAAAUCACGAUGCACUUCGAAGACGGAACAAGCGUGACGGCUGAUGUGCUUGUUGGUGCUGACGGAUUGCGCUCGCACACGAGGCGCACCAUGUUCGAGACGGCGGCAAAGGUCGAGCCGCCUCUGUUUGAUGUCUCGCAACUUUCCAAGUACACCGACGCAAGGUGGUCUGGAUUCUCGAUGAAUCGAGAACUUAUACCCAUGGAAAAAGUGCUUGCGCGCUACCCUGAUCAUCCGGCCAAAACUGCCAUGUGCAUGAUGGCCGGUAAACGUAGGGCCGUUGUCGUAUACGGGAUCAAAGGCGGCGCAGUCCUGAACCUAGUUGCCAACACGUUCGACCCCGAACUGGAGGACACACCCUAUCCAGGCGAGCGGUGGGUCGGGGACACAUCGAAAGAAGACGUGCUCGACAAGUUCUCGCACUUCGAGCCGCUCGCGCGGUCCCUAGUCGAACUGUGCGAGAAGCCGAGUAGGUGGGCAGUCCACGUCGUGGGCCCGCUUCCCUUCUGGACGCGCGGGCACGUCGUGAUUCUCGGUGAUGCGGCCCACGCAACUACUCCGCACCUCGGCGCCGGCGCCGGCCAAGCGAUUGACGACGCCUGGCUGCUCGGUCGGCUGCUCGCGCAUCCACACAUCGCGACACCCGCUGACGUCCCGCGCGCGCUCAAGAUAUUUGAGGAGAUCUGCAAGCCAUAUGCGGAGCGCCUGGCGGAGGCGAGCGUCCACAACGGGAAGCUGUUCAACUUCUGCGCACCAGGGGACGACCCGCUCGCGGGGCCAGACUGCGAGAGCGAGCGUAGUCCGGAAGCGCUGAGGCUGCGUUGGGAGAAAGGGGAGGCUAACAGGAUCGCGAUAGAUGAGAUUGAGGACCCGAUACAACAGUGGGAGAGGGCUGAGGAGAUGUUGGUACAGGCUUGAGACGGUUGGUGUACGAUAUCACUUUGCCCGUAAGAAACGUCAACCAGCGUCCACC